AUGGCUCGCAGAAACCUCACUUCUUCACCUUCACAUUCAGGCCCGAAGGAUGAGCAGUCUGUAGGUGAUGAUGAUGAAGGGCAACAUAAAGGUUCACAUAGGGGUAAUACACCUCCUCGGUCUCCAACUCCUGUGGAUCUUGUUAAUGACUCUGUUCCAACACCCCCUCCAUCUCCACCCAAGACAACCUUUCAGGUCACUGUUGCUCCUCCACCCCCAUCUUCAACACCACUAGUUUCCACUAUUGCUCCACUACCACCUGUCAUUUCUACUCCAAUCACUACCGCCCCAUUACCACCACCUAUUUUCUCCAACGCAACAAUCACCUCUACACCUAUCAUCACUUCAACCAUAGAUUCUUCUAUCAACAUCAACACAUCUGAUGUGGGGGCGAAGACUGAAGAACCUCCAAAAGUCACCACAGAGCCUCCUUCACCAACUCCUUCUAGUGAUUCUAAUCCAAUUCUUAGAGGAGCUGAUUUUGAAUUUGAUUCUACAUACUACAGUCCCUACCAAAUUCCCACCAUGAACCAAUAUAAAAAAUCCAUUGACAAAUGUACUGUUGCAAUCGAUGAUUCUACUUCUCUGUGCAAACGGGCCUCUUCUGAUGUUAAAGAUCUCAUUCAUGACUCCAAGGUUUUUCUUGAUUCCCUCAAAGGUCAUGCUGAUUCCAAUGCUGCCAAGCUCACAUAG